AUGACCACUUAUCUUUUGGAAGCAAAACCAGAAAAAUGGGCUCGGCCAUUCUUUCCAACGAAAAGGUAUAACAUUCUUACAAGUAACAUUGCCGAAUCUAUAAAUGCAGCAAUUGUGCAUGCGAGAGAAUUGCCUAUAACGUCGUUAAUAGAAGCUAUAAGAGAGAUGCUACAAAGAUGGUUUUCAACAAGAAAAGAAACAGCAAUCAACCAAUUUGUUGAGGUGACAAAAUGGGCAAAUGAUGAAAUGGAGAUCAAACUUGAUGUGGCAUUUCGAAUGAAGGUAGAUGCAAUUGAUGCAAUGAAAUCUAGUGUCACAUAUGGUGAUCGAGUGUUUGUUGUCGACUUGGAACAACAUAUGUGCACAUGUAAUGAAUUUCAACUAGAGGGAAUUCCAUGUGCACAUGCUAUUGCAGCAAUUAAAAGCAAGUGCUUGGACAAGUACAAAUUUUGCUCAAAUUGGUAUAAAAAUUCCGUUUUGAAAGAGACAUAUGCAGGAUCAAUUAAUCCUCUUCCAGAUAAAGAUGAUUGGAGUGUCCCAGAUGAAAUUAUAGGAGAUAGCAUGAAAGCUCCAAAAUUCAAAUCUAAAGACUAUAAAGAUGCAAUGUUAUACAUAUUUGUUGCGUUGUGGACUUGUGGAUAA